UCUCCCUCUCUCCCUCUCUCCCUCUCCCUCUCUCUCUCUGCGCGUGUGUGGUAUCUUUUGCGGGGGCCCAUCUUGGUUGGUCGUUUUUUAUCACUCGUCCGUAGCCUAGCCACUAGAGCCGCCAUAGCUGUCGCGUUAGGAGAGAGGCAACGGGAAAGAACACAUCUCUGUCUGUGGGUGUGCGUGCCAUGGGUCGAAGUUUUCCUCCUCACCUGCCUGAGGGGCGCGUCGAUCUCCUGCGGGGGAUUGAGUCGCUCUUUGGGAAGGUCAGGGGGAGGACUGCAGACACGGCACGUGUGAGAGCAUCCAUCUCCCUUUCCAUCCAUUCAUCCAUCAGCUGUCCUACCUAGCAUCUUCUCGUCUGUCUCUUGAUUGUGGUGGUGCAUAGGUAUCCGUCCAUCGUACUGCGUGUCUGCGGGUGGGAUGUGGGGGGGAUGAAUCGUGUUUAUGCAUUCUGCAAGCAACAAACACGACACGGACACAACGAACGAACGAGGGAGGGGGGGGGUCACUCACUCAGUCACAAACUCAGUCACUCAGCCACUGCGUGAUGCUAUUUAUCCAUCCAUCCAUCCAUCCUGUCUAUCUUUCCAUCAUCAUAUCGCUUUCUCAUAUCGCUUUAUCGCCGACCGACCUCCAUAGCCUUACUACCCACCAUAGUGUCUGGCCUGGCUGUUGUCUAUGUAUGUGUAUCUAUCGUGCGGCAACGCCCACGUCUCACUAGCUAAGCUCACUUUUUGCAGCAUAGCAAACAACCCACUCCCUCCCCUCCCUCCAGUCCGAUCACUUUCUAGAGACCGAUUGAUGCGUCCAUAGAUAUCGCUCUCCAUAUCGCUUUCACGUCCAUGCGUGGCUUCCUGUGUGUGUAUGUAUGUAUGUGUGUAAUCUAGCUAGGGCUUGUGUGUGCACCGACCCCAUGUCGGUGCUGUUUUUGGAGCAGAGAGAGGGGAGGGGCAAUUGGGGGUGGAAGUGAGAGAGGGUGGGGGUGGGUUGGGAAACGAGAGAGAGAGUCAAGGUCUUUGCUUCAAGAAGACUGGCUGGCUUCCUGUCUCAUCCACACAAACAAACACACACAUACACACACACACACACACACGUACUGGACACUGCAUGCCUUUUGAUGGUUUUGUAGCAGCUGUCUAGGCUGUGGGGGAGGUGGGUGAUGGACAGACAGCGCAAAAGUCAAACAGACUCGCGGGAAUUAAACAUAGCCAUCACGGCCCAUCAGUGCAGAUCGCUCAACAAACCUCAUCCACACACCUUCGCAGCAGCAACCUCCGCGCCUUCUCGGUUCUCCCGAACCCUUUAGGUGUCAUGGUACAGAUUUCGUAUGGGUUUGUGUUGGAUAGGAUGGAAAGGGCUGGGGGGGCGUACGGCUGAUGUGGAGCCGAGGAUGCCAUUGAAUGAACGAACGAGUCAAGAAAUAUAUGUAGGUGCACAUCUAGUCAGUCAGUCGGCACACUCAGGCAGACACGCGAACGACGCAUUAUCCACACACCAGAGCAGACAGGCAGGCAGGCAGGCAGGCGCGCACGUCACACACGCACGCCACAGACCCACAACCUAUACACCCACACUGAGAACACACAUACAUACCCCAGCGCAUCCACACGAUUCGCUCACGUAUAGCUACGAAACACAAAGAUGAAGAGGGUUUAAAAAAAAAAAAAGGCGCCGUCUUACUGUCAGUUCACGGGCCACCCAGGCCAAGGAAGAACUCAGGGCAGGAUGGCAUGUCCCAGUCGACAUCAAUGACGAGAAGAUCAUCAUCAUCGUCAUCCGAAUCGUCUGCCUCAAUCCAUCGUACAGCCCAUUUUUCACCCAUCAAUGCAGCGCGCUUCAUGUCCUUUCGAGUAAGAUAGCUAAGAGUGCUUGUGCAUAGGCCCUGUCGUCGACCGGGAGAGUUGGGAGAGUUUCUCGAGGUGGGGGCGGUGCUGCUGCAUCACUCGUCCGUAUCAAGUGCACGUGAUCGAUGUGCCUGGAGAUUUCUGGUUGCCAUCGGCCAUCCCUGAGCUCCCAGCUGUCGGAGACUGAGAACCUGCGACUGCAAAACAACAGAAGAAGAAAAGAGUGAGCGUCGAGACAUUCAGCCUGCCGACCUCGCUGUGGCCUCAUACGCCGCGACAAAGAUCUUCUUGGUCGGAACAGCCUGCCUGAUGGACUGCAAUGCCGGCAUGAAGUCCCCGUCACCACUGAACAGGAUCACGGGAUCGAUGUCAUCACGCAAUGCAGCCUCCAAGAGGCACAUGGCGAUCAUGACGUCUCCUCCCCUCUGCACAUGGUCUUCCUGCAUGCAUCGGCAGUUGUGGCACCUCACCUCCCUCGAUUUCAGCCCUAUCGUCUUGAUCUUGAAGCGGCACGGGCUCCGUCUUCUUCCCAGCCGAUUGUGAAGCUCUGCCAUCCUCCUGGAGUCAUUUCCCAACUGCCGCCUUCUGUAGUCCAGCUCCUCUCCGCUGUAGCGAUUCUCGAGGUGUCGAGAAAUGAACCGCUUGUACUCCUGCGGGUCGACAUUGACGAAGAUGGUGUGGUCCGUGACCAGCUGCAUAGAUCUUCCUGUAUUUGCCUCGAAGGCGACAAGCAUCUCUCGAAUAUGCGCCUCGAAGUCGUGGUGCCGCAUAAGCCUGCGCUCAUGCUUCUCGAAGCCUUUCAGAGCAUUCGCCCCAUCCACAAUCAGAGCACAGCGAAGGCUGUGACCCUGAAAAAGACAAGCGCAGUCGCGAUACACACCUUCCUCCCCACCCGGCAACACGGACUCACCUGUUGUCGAGUGUACGCCGCUGAGCUGGCUGCCAUCGUCAUGGCAUACCGCCUGAGGCAAAACGAACCAGAUGGACACUGACAGAUCUUUCAAUUCUGUGGUUCCCAAGUGGGUCAGGAAGCCCAGGAUAGUGUCAGGAAUCUCACCACUGAUGCGAGAGGGAUGGCGGGAGGAUGUGUGUCAAGGAGAUCGCCG